UUCAUCCUCAGCCACCAUUUUAAGAUUAGCACAUCUUUCAACCUAGAGCAACCUGUAGUUAUUCAACAAUGACUGACCAGCUUUGCAAACUUUUCGUCGGUGGCCUAAACGUGGACACAGACGACGAUGGCCUGCGCAAGCAUUUCGAGCAGUACGGCUCCCUCACCGACUGCGUCGUCGUGGUGAACAAGCAGCUGCAGCGGUCCCGCUGUUUCGGCUUCGUCACCUACUCUUCGCCGGAGGAGGCUGACGCAGCAAUGGCGGCCAGGCCGCACACCGUCGACGGCAACGCGGUCGAGGUGAAGCGCGCCGUGGCGAGAGAAGACGCAAACAAGCCGGAAGCCCUCGCGAAGGUAAAGAAGAUCUUCGUCGGCGGUUUGAAGGACGACAUUGAAGAGGAGCACCUGAGCGAAUACUUUUCGCAGUACGGCGAGAUCGAGAAGGCCGAAGUGAUCUCGGAGAAGGAGACCGGGAAGAAGCGAGGCUUCGGCUUUGUUUACUUCACCGAUCACGACGCGGCCGACAAGGCGGUCGUGGUGAAGUUCCACACGGUCAACGGACACAAAGUCGAAGUAAAGAAAGCUCUGACGAAGCAGGAGAUGCAGGCGGCCAACAGAACCGGCAUGGCGCCCAGAGGCAGAGCCGGUAGGGGCAUGAGGGGAAAUCAAAAUGGCUACCCUAGCAGGGAUAGCUACAGCGGAAACUACAACUACGGAAAUGGCGGAGGCUACAACGGUGGUGGUGGCGGUGGCGGCUACGGAGGAGGGUACGGCGGUGGGCCAUAUAGCGGUGGUUACGGAGACCAGGGAAGUGGCUACGGAGGCGGCAACGGCUACAGCGAUUUUGGCAGCGGCUACGGCCAGCAUUCCUCCGGCUACGGCCCCAUGAAAGGGCCUCCCUUCGGCGGGCAAAGGAGCGCAACUCCCUACAACAGAGGAGGUGGAGGCGGUGGCGGCGGCGGUUACCCACGAGGGGGCUACGGUGGCGGCUACUAAAUCACACUAAAAUCAUCUGCCAUCCAGCCAGGAUUUGGACGUCAAAAUCUAAUUCAAAAUACGGGGCGUCUGCCGUGAAAUCCAACAAUGGCAGAGAAACGGACACUGAGACACCCCCUAAUCACCAGACCUCAAAAACCCAAACAGGUUGCUUCGGUAACCUGGGCACGAGGACAUCACCCCCGAAAACGAUGGGGUGUGUCUCCACGCUGACAGGGUGCGGUUGUGCCUUCUCCCUCUCAGGUGAAGUCAGUUUUCGAAAAAGGAUUGUCCAGUGUGUUUGUUUUUUUUUAUUGUUUUUUUUACAAAUGCAUUUGAAAGUCUCAUGGGUUUUAUUCUGAAAAGUUUUAGUUGAUUGGUUGGGAGUUUUGAUAACACAGUGCCCCCAGUGCAAUCAUAGAUGUUUUCACAACAACUAGCGACGACUAUUAUGCUGGAUCUGUGAAGACGUUUUGAGUGGUUACUUUUAAAUAACAGUAUGUAUUAAACAAUGACUGGGAGAGCUCUGGGAGAAAUUGUUUGCACUUCUGGGCACUGUGGAUUUCAAAAUGUAUUAUGUUUCUAUUUUGUUUUUUUAAAUGUUGACCACUAAAUUAUUGUAUUUUUCAAUAUUAGGAAUUCCUGGUUAAGUAGGAGAGGUAAAUAUACAUGCCAAAUGCAUAAAUAUACUUUGUGCAAUGUCACACAUUUACAGGUAUUUUCUUUCCCCCUUCAGUAGUACGGGUUAAUGAAAUGUGAAGAGCAUUAGCUGCCAUUUUGCAUGUCACAUAUUAUAUAAUAUAAAGAGCCCGGAGGCUUAACAUGCGCCUAUGUUGGUGAUGUUGUAAUUUGUCUGCAGAGUCGUUGGAACAAAUGAUGGAAAGUAAAGUGUUCACACGGCCCCAUGUGUUUCUUACAGUAACUCAAUCGGGCAGUGGCGGCCUUGAUUUGCACGAUUAUUGUCCGUAAACCUCAAGCCGCCUCAGGUGGCAAUGUUGUUGAACAAUUUUUAUCAAUAAAAACAAUUGUCUAUUAUCCAA